AGUCCCGACAUGAAAGAAAUCACAAUAGGCAAAACAAAAGUCGUCACAGCAGUCAUUUAUCUAAGUAAUCAAGACGAGAUCUCAUACAAUCCCGAAGUUAUCAUAACUCAUGAUUCAUCGCUACAGUACGAGAAAAUAACAGUACUUGAUGUAAGUAUUCAAAUCCUAACAUUGCAGAGAAAAACGUAUAAGAGUCGAUGUCUCCAGCGGGAUUUUAAAAUUCUCAAAUUUUGAGCAUUCCGCCGCUCACUGAGUUAGCGAGAAAGUUGUCACGAAUUUCGUGCACUUAUAUGAGAGAAAUAUCAGGACUUUUGGACAUGAUUCGAUAUUGAACUAAUGUCGAAGGAUUUUCGAGUUGGAUGUAAAUUUCGAGUGUGAAUUUUAUACAUUUGUUUAGACCCAACCUUUGCAGGUGCUCCUGGGAAGGUUUAAAUAAUUAUAUAAAAAUGACACUCGAAAUUUUCAAAAAUCCUUCACUUAUAAGUAUUUUUAGUUUUAUUGAAGAAUUCACUUUGCAACUAUUGUGGUUAGGGAGAAAUUCAAUCGAGACAGGUAUGGUGUAAAUAAUCAGGGGGGUAGUUUGCAUGCAUGUCUUCUCCAGGGGGGGCUCGUGUUUUUCCAACACCUCAGAUUUGUGCAUUUUUGAUUUUUUUCAUAUUGCCCAACUAGCGAGAUUUUUAGUAUGGCUAUGUUUCCACGAAGAUAAAGAUGUUUGCCUGUGUCGACUAUACUCGUUGUGGAUUUCGAUUUACUGUAUUAAUUAAAACAAAUACAGUGAUACACCCGGUCCCAAUGGCAAUGGAAUGCAUGUCAAUAUGUUUUACUGUAAUAUGAUAUGAUAUAGGCAUACUCUUAUCUCAUUCAUAGAUAUCUUAUAUACACUAGAUAGUGCAUCGAUAUUUCUUUUAGUAAAAUUGAAGCCAAGGAUAUUCCAGCGGUUUCCCCCAUUUGAAUAGAUGGCGGCCAUGUUGGUCGUACCCACUUGCUAAUAAACGCUUAAAAACAACAAUAACUUUCAUCAUUUGAAUAAUUUAAAAAUGUAUUUGGAAUAGGGUUAACUUAAUGUUUAAGUUCCCUGUUUAAGAAAUAGAAAACAUACGAGUCUUCUCAUUUCAUGGGAACGACCUGAGCUGCAAUCACGGCUUCAAUUUUUGAAUUGCAGAAUAAUUAGAUUCACUAUCUAGUGUAUAUAAGAUAUCUAUGAUCUCAUUAUAUAAAAUUUAUUGCCCAACCGACACGUAUAAAAAACAUGAAAUACUGCAGUACUACCAGUAGUCAGUGUACUAUGUUGAGAAUUGUACAACAUAUUGAUAUUUAAUUAAUACCUAAUUAUAGUCAUGAACACAAAACUAUUAAGUGCACGCGAUAUCCAUAUAUGACUUUUGAUUGACAGGUUAAAUUUUUGUAGACGUAAGAAAACUGAGUUGGUUUUUAGAGAGACUUUAGAGAGAGAAUAUAAUUGCAUAGGAAAUAUCUAUACUAGGAGUUACUAUCGCUAGGAAAGUGCUGCCUCACCCCCAAGGGAUCAAAGGCAGCAUGCACAAUUUGCUGAAUACGUAAUGAUCCCGAUUUGCCAGGACGAGAUAUGAGGUGGGAUGAUUUCGAUAUAUUGAAAUAAGUUAUGGUGCACAAUUCAGCAAAAGACUACAUUAUUUUAGGCCGUGGGAUGAGCAUCCAAAAGAUGCAAUUCCGUUGCACCCCUCGUGGAACUACGUAAUUUUCACAUGAAUAAAUAGAUAAAAACUUACUUUAUCAGAAUCCGUUGCUCCCCAAGUGAAACAGGUGCACAAUUGGGAGAAAAGUCCCUCCAAAGUUUGAUAUUUUCGCGCUUCGAAAUAUUCGAACCGCCAUUAUUUUGGUAGCAAAUACGCAUGCGCAACUCAGCCAAACUCGUACUGCGCACGCGCAGACUAUAAAAAUAGAUUCUCACUGGGGGGUUUCCCCGAUUUCCUCCGCAAAAACAACAAAAUAAAAUCACAGAAUACUGAUCAAACCUUGUAAUAUAAAUACACCCACAUUAAAUAUUGUUAAAAACACAUUGUAUAUUUUGCUUGCUCAUAUGCUAAAUCAGUUCAAUUCAUUGGCUAUUGUUUCAAAAUACCGUUUUAACGUUUAAUUCUACUUUAUAUUAACAUCCUAAUUCAAUACAAAUUUGUGUGAGGUAAAAAAACCACCUGUAUCAAACAGGACGGAAAAUAAAAAAUAUAUAUGCAUACAAUUCACACGAUCAAGGAACAAUUAAAAUGAAAUAUUUGUGAAACACUCUUUAUCUGUUUGCCGACGCUGAUAAGACAAUAUGACAUACCGAAAGAUUGGAAAGACAAAUAAUAUGAUAACAGUGUUUCCAAGUUCAUCCCGGGCUUUAAGGGAUAUUUAUAUAAACUCGAAAUUCAUAAAAAAAAAAAUUAGGAGGAAAUAAUAAAAUCCAUAAUUUCAUUAUAGCUAUCUAUAAUUAUAAUUUUCAUCUUUGAACCCAGAUUUUCAUCAGAGCAAUAAAAUCCCGCUUAUUGGAUCCUGGCCAAGGGCUUGCACGCUCAAAACGAGAUUGCAUGUAUUCUGCAAUAAGCUGUCCUGGCUUUUGUCUGGGAAAGUUCUACUUCUCGUAUUUGAACUAUUUCAUGUAUUAUAUUUAUAUUGUGACAUAAGUUGGUAUUUAGCCACUAUCUAGAAUAACAAGGAACGAUUCAGCCUGGUUUUUCGUGUCCACACUAGUUGACUUUUUCUUAUAGAUUUGCUGCUGUGAGUUUCAGCUCCUCCACCAGGGUGCUUUUAGCUUCUCAGACAUGACUAUACUGUUAACCCUGUCCAUGAGAGGGAUAUAUGUGUUGAUAAUAUAAAUACUGUGGAUCCGAAUGAGAAUAUCGAAUAAGUAAAUAAACACUGAUCUACUCCACUGAUAAUACCUACAUGCAUUACCAUCAUUGUUCACCUCAUAUCAUUAAUAAUUCAUGAGCAAAUUAGCCAACCAUAUUGCUUUAUUUUGCUCGCAUGAUAAUACUGGAUACUUUAUGAAGUAUAUUGAUCCUGUAGUGUCCUAGGACUGGAUAAAAAUUAAUUAAGUAGUGAUUUAUUCGUGAUGUCAUUUCAAUUCCUCCAAUUCGGACUGGACUAGAUUUCAAGUCCUCACAUUUUGAUCCAGUCCUCUGCUUCGCCUCGGACGUGAUCAAAUUGCGUGUACUUGAAAUCUAGUCCAGUCCUCAUAGUCGGAUUUGAAAUAUUAUCCAUUGUCAAAUCAGAUGCCAAUGGUGGCCAAAGAAGAUUCAGUUUUAGUAUUUCUUGCACCUUUUGGUGAAGAAUAAAUACAGCAUUGUAUAGAAUUUGUAACUCAUUGACUUUAGAAUUUCCCUCAGUUUCUGUGUUGGAAUUCACAUCAUCAUCAUCAAUGGUACAGCUCUCUUCAUCAAAGUCUUCAUCAUUGUUUUCAGACUUAGGGCCUGUUUAUAUGGAAGCCGGGCUGGCCUGAUAAGCGAGACAGCCUGGUAAGCAAGAUCUCGCUGUGUAGUUAUUUUUAUAGUAAAAAUUAUCAUGCGUUUAUAUGGACAAGCAGGCUGGCCCGGGUUGCCGAGAUCUCGUUUGAAAGAGGCUAGAUCUCGCUUACCGGGAUGGAAAUUUCUCCAUAUAAACAUUUACAAGCGGGCUAUCCUGGUUGCCAGGAUGAAAGUUCAAAGAUACCGCCGCAAGCUAUUUUUAACAACUGUCAAAACAAUACAAUGUAACAAAAUUGUCCUGGCAAGCGGGAUGAAAGUUUAUCAUAUAAACACAAGAGAAAUUCAUCCCGCUUACCGGGCUGCCUCGCUAAGCAGGCCAGCCCGGCUUCCACAUAAACAGGCCAUUAAUUGACAUAUGUUCCUCAACCAAUUCAGAAGAAUCCAAAUUUUCCACAUAUACAAUCUCACUAACAUUUCUCAUUUUCAGUACACAGAACACAAGUUGGGGAUAACUUUUCAUCAGUCAUUGCUUGAGUUUAAAAGCUCUAUAUUUAGAUGCAUCCACAUUCUCAGUGUCCUUAGCAAUGAUAACAAAUUUCUCCAGCAAAUCUUUCAUAUACUUUAUUUGCUUAUUUCUGACGACCUCCAUCUCAAUUACUUUCUUACAGAAAUAUACAUCAUAAGACUUCUCGUACACUGAUGCUCUUGUUGCUUCUUCGUCUCUCUGGUGAGAAAUAUUGUAUAAUUGCAGUAGCAAACUUUGUGAUAGCGGAUUUCCAGAGCUACACAGUUUUUCCCCUGGAUUUGCACGAGUAUCUGUUGAUCAUUCUUUCUCUCGGCAGCUGUACGUAGAAGACCAGCAUCAAUUGUUUCUGCCAACAUGAGUGGGGUUCUUCUUCUCUUCUUAGUCACCUGGUGUGAAACAAAAUAAAUUAUUAAAUUAAAUAUCUGCUAAUAACAAAGUUGGAUAUUUGUAGCAUAGAAACUACUUUACCCUAAAUAAACUUAAUUGAUCACAAUUCAAUAUAUUUUAAAACCAAACCUGAGAAUGUUGUGCACAUUGCGCUAGUAUUAUACCUAUCAAAAUGACCAUACCUUGUCUAGUGAGAACCACGAGGCGUCUCUUCCACAAAUAACACAUAUCUCUGGGAGUACAUGCGCGUUUCUUUUAGGCAGGGCCUUUAUAUUUAUAGCUUCUGCGACUGAUUGACGUGUAAUUUUUCGCCUUGGUUCUAUUGCCUCCACUUCCACGUGUGAUUCUUCGGUAAAAGUUAUAGUUUUAGAGCUAGUUCCCUCUCCUUUUUCUUCUUUUCUCUGUUAUCUACGGAUCUUCGGUUCAUCGCAAAAUCUCUUCUAGCAUUUCAUAUGAUGGUUCCAUUCUAAGUUAAUGGUGUCAGAGUUCUUCUCGAUGUAUGAAUUGACAGAUCCGUCAUCGAUGUUCUCGUACGAUUUUCUUAGCUAUUUCAGCUUGUUGACACUUAAGUUUGGCCCAUUUUGACCUACACUCAAGAAAUUUCUUAAGCCUUUGGCGUGUAACUUUGCGAAGUUGCUCCGUAACGCCAUCAAAAUGCAUAAAACAUGAGGAUAUUCGAGUUUUAUAAAUAUCUUCAGCCAUGUUUAUUUGCAUAACUGAGCGUGUUUCCACUUCGAAGCAUGUGCGUUGGUUGUGCGCGUGCGCAGUGCGAGUUUGGCUGAGUUGCGCAUGCGUAUUUGCUAUCAAAACAAUGGCGGUUCGAAUAUUUCGAAGCGCAAAAAUAUCAAACUUUGGAGGGAUUUUUCUCCCAAUUGUGCACCUGUUUCGCUUGGGGAGCAACGGAUUCUGAUAAAGUAAGUUUUUAUCUAUUUAUUCAUGUGAAAAUUACGUAGUUCCACGAGGGGUGCAACGGAAUUCGUUUUCUAAGCAUCUUUUGGAUGCUCAUCCCACGGCCUAUUUUCAAGAGAUUCAGAUAGAUUAUAGGUAACUGUAAAUGAAAGGUUGUUCAGGCAGCGAUAAUCAGGGGCUUCAGCAAUGGGGCUUCAGAAGCGAGGGGUCAGGGGGGGGCUGCCGCACCCCCACUUUUUUAGUUGGGGGCUAAAUGUCCUUGGGCCCCCCACUUUUUAACAAUGGUCGGUAAUAAACCACAAAGUUAAAUGAUAUUAUUUUAGUUACCUGUGUAGACAAAACAAUUAGAGAUUUUAUGAUAUUUUAUACUUACUUUUGUAUGUAUAAUUAUAAUACUGUCUGUGGCAAAGCUAGCUAUAGCAACAGCUAGGUCAUGCUAUGCAAAUUUAUUAUUUGCAUGAUUCAAAUUAUGUAGGUUUAUUAGCAUAGCAUUACCAGUUGCCAUGGCUAACUUGCCACUGAAUACUGUACAAUAUCAUAUAUAGAAAUACUAAGUCAGUUUUUGUCCCAAAUAUUGUUUUAAUGGCACCUUCAUGGCUACCCUUGUUGACAUUUUUGUUUAAUUAAUACAUCGGCUUCAGAUGACACCAUUCAUUGUAAUGAUUAAGAUUGUACUCAGUCAGAACUGCAAAACUAUAUAAUAAGAAAAAAAUUGUGAGCAUUAUCGAAAAAUAUAGUAUACUAUAUAUUAUGCUAACAAUGGACAUAUCAUAUCAUAUCAUAUCAUGCAAAGAAAUUAACUUUGUCCUUGGUUGGUUACAAGAAAAUGGCUUUGAACGAUUGAAGAGAGUUUCUGAAGGAAAGAAAAACUUUGUAAUUCCAAAAUUACAAAAUGCUGUAGCUUCUAAUUCAUACAUGGGGUGGGGUAUUUGAACUCCAAUUUUUCACAAUAUGUGGUGUAUUUUAACGGGAAUUACAAAUAUAUUUAGGAAAUUUGACCUGACCAAAACGUCAAAAUCCAAAUUCCUGGGGGUAUGCCGGGGGUGUCAAGGUUUCGAUUUGAUUCGCACAUUAUUAAAGGGCCCUACAGUCAUUUUUUAGUCGAAAAGCCACCUUAAGUAUGGGACUCCAAGGAGGUUCGUUUGGCUGUAUCUUACAUGCAGUGUCCAUAAAUACCAUUUGAACUUAGCUAGGCUGGAUCGAUAUCGCAAGUACCGAAUACCGAUAUACCGCCAUCAGAAUACCGGUAUUCCGGUAUUUUUAACGUGUUUUUUUUUUUAAGCCAAACUGAAGUGCUGACCGUCAAGAAAAAUCAAGUUUUAACAAAAUAUUAAUGUGGCACAUACUGUUAUUAGUGCAAAUGUUACAAGAUUCGGCAAUUAUUAGUAGGGCGUCGAAGUGUUGAAUCAUUCAGAAAAAUAUUCGUUUUGUAUAUAAAUUCAGAUAGUGUUUCAGUAAGCUGCUAAUUUAGUUUUAAAACUAACACAUAAACAAGUUAGCAUGUCAGUUAUUCUUAAAUAAGAUUAAAAACAACAAAAAGUUAUCUUCUUAUACUGCCCGAUAAAAAAACUUAAAAGCCAGAAAAGGUUUUCGCUGCUUCGCAAAUGCUAGUACUUCCACUUUCCAAAAUUGUCGAAAUUGUAUUGCUAAACCAAAGCCGCUAGAACUGUAAGAACAAAAUCAUGCAUCUGUGAGUAUUAACUUUGCUUUCUAAACGUGAUUGUAAGCAAAUUCGGUAUUAGGCAGCAAAAUACCGAAAUGUCGGUAUAUCGGUAUUUUUAAAUUGUCAAUAUCGCCAAACCGGUAUAUAAACAAAUACCUGUAUAUCGGAUAUAUCUGGUAUAUCGAUCCAGCCUACAACAUCAUGUUCUCUCGCCAAAGCCCAGUUCUGCCAGAUUUUCAAGCAAAAUGUGGUGCUUUUGUUCGUAUUUUCUUCAUCUAGUUCUUUCACGGCAAUUUCAUUUCACAUCUGUGUUUAAAAUCCCUUUCCGCCAUUUUGUUUGUUUUGGGAAAAUCAUUAAUUGUACUGCAGUACAAUUAAUGAAAUAAUUGUACUCCUCUCAACCAAUCAGCAUCCAGUAAUUUUAUCAUGCCUAUAAUAAACUAUGUUAUAAUAAAAAGGCGCGUUUGCUUUUUGAUACUAAUGACUAUUGGGAUGUUCGUUAAUUAAUGAGGUUACGGUUGAUUUUUCAUGUCUUUUUGAACAUCGAUAAAAAAGAGGAUAUAUGCAUAAAGAUGAGGGACGAUUAGUAACUGAUUGUCCCAUGGGAUGAUUUGUAGUUUCUAAUCGUCGCUCAUGUUUUAGGAAUGAAGUAAAUUAGUCAUUAAUCGCAUCUCGCGAGACAAAGGAGUUCGAGGUAGCUAUGAUAUUAUUUGAGAUGAAAUUUGUUAGCAGUCCCCGUUGACUCGAUACUUGGUUGGGUAGAGCGGUGGUCUAGAAACUCAAAGAUGUGAAUCCUGUUCUAGACAACUUUUGUUGUUUUCAUACCUCUGGGUUUAUUAUGUAAAUUUCGUUGGAUCCAACUGCGACUCAGGUCGAUAUCAAGAGUAGAUAGCAAAGAAGUUAAACAACAGCAAUAUUUUUGGAACAACGAAGUCAUGAUUUUUUCUUUUCACAGAAACAAUUCAGGAUUGAAAGAAGAUCGCCUGCAGUAAAUGCGACCGUUUCAGAAAUAUUUAGAAUUCAAGGACCGCUUGAUACGAAUCAAGAGGUGAGGCACGUAUUUUAUCCACUGAGGUUUCUGAGCGGCUUCCUAUACGAUUAUAAUUAUUCUCAGGGUUGCUCUCAUGUAUCUGUUGUAAUGCCUCGCAAGAUGUUCGCACGCAAUGGUAUGUUUGAUACUUGCAGUCAUGCAGACCAGUUUUAAGUACUAUCGCUAACUAACUAUACACCCUCCCGGAAUGUAGUCAGCCUUGCCUAUAGAGCCUCGUGAUUUGAGAUAUUGUGUUUCAUUCCUUUACAUGUUACAGAUGCAUGGACACAUUUACGAAAUCAUGCAGUUAUAUUAAAUGAUAUAAAAGACCUUAUAAAGUGAAGUCAUCAUUAACAAGAUAAAGGUCUCUAAAGCCGAUAUCUCAAUCCCGAAAACGAGACUUUAUAGCCAAAGCUAAGUAUUUUCCAGAAGGGUGUAUUUUGAGUUGCUUCAUUUCUUCAUGUCAAGUUACUCGCCAGGCCAACCGCGCACCGACUUUGCAAUUUUAUAAUGAUUUCAAUAGAUACAGCUUAAUUAUUUUAACUCAAUUAUACCUUUGCGGUCGUCUGUUCGCAUUUUGAGCAAUAUUGGUUGAGUCAUGUCUUCAACAUAGAUGUCUACCCGCUCUUCAACAUAUAGCUCCUCAAUUAUUAAGUGUGAUUUUACAGUAUUUUUAUAUUGAUUUUCAGUAAUUGUAUUACCAAACUACAGUGUUUGUUGUUUUAAUCAAUCCCCAUUGAAAAACUCCUUUGGAAAAUAUGGGCGCUUCUGUUUAAAUAUUAGUAUAACGUUUAGUUUUGCAUGAUGAAUAAUAAUCUACGUUGUUUUUUUGUUGCAAUAAUAUAAAUAUAAGUGAUGUUUCGAUAAAGCAAAAUUUGUAUAAUAAAAACUUGUAUAAUAUUAUUUAAUCAAUACUUUGGUCGAUAAUAACAGCAUAUUCUAUUUCUUCAGGUUUCCUUUAAAUUGCAAUACUCUACAGUGAAAGUGACGGGCACCAAACCUGUGUUAAAAAUUAAUGUGAAGGCAAUAGCGUAUGUAUUUUAUAAUUUUAAUCUUGAAC